AUGUCCUGCUGCGUGCUGCAGAUCGCGGGGCUGAUUUUCGGCGCCGUGGGCAUGCUGGGCACGCUGGCGGCCACGGCCAUGCCCCAGUGGAGGGUGUCUGCCCACGUGGAGGCCAACCUGGUGGUGUUUGAGAGCGUCUGGGAGGGGCUGUGGAUGGACUGCAUCAGCCAGCUGGGGCUCAGGCUGCAGUGCAAGCUCUACGACUCGGUGCUGGCGCUGCCGCCGCCGCUCGAGGCCCUGCGCGCCCUCAUGUGCCUGGCCGUGCUGCUGGCCGUCGUGGCCUUCCUCGUGGCCAUCGUGGGCGUCAAGUACAGCCAGCCCAGCAAGGAGGGACUCCAGAAGGUCAGCCCCUUCAUCCUGGUGGCGGGGGUGGCCUUCCUGCUGGCGGGCAGCCUGGCGCUGGUGCCGGUGUCCUGGGCCGGGGGCAGCAUCGUCCGUGAUUUCUACGACCCCGCGGUGCCCGUGCCGCUCAAACGGGAGCUGGGCGCUGCCCUCUACGUGGGCUGGGCCAGCAGUGCCCUGCUGCUGGCUGCAGGGGCCAUGUACUGCCACGUCUGGGCCCGGGCGGGCAGCCACAGCCACCCCUGGCUGGCAGCACGGGCAGCGCUGCCCCGGGCGGGAGCGCCAGCCCUGGGUGUCCAUGCCUACGUGUAGCUGCUGCCCUCGGGGAGCCUGGGCUCCACAGGACACUGAGGAUCAUCCACCCCAGCCCCUGCCAUGGCAAGGACUCCUUCCACCAUCCCAGGCUGCUCCCAGCCCCGUCCAGCCUGGCCUUGGACACUGCCAGGGAUCAGGGGCAUCCUGUGAUCUCCCUGCUUGGAUGUGCUGAUGGCUUCUUCAUUUGCCUCCAGGAGCAGUGAUGUUGGUGCUGUGCUGUUUGCGGCUGCCUUGGAUCUCUGCUCUGAUGCCUGGCAGGAGCUGCUCUCACACGGGUGUUUGUGUGCUCAGAGCCCAUUCUCCAUCUCUCUGGGAACGAGGCAUGGCAGCAGCACUCAGGCUCUCAGGGAAGGUGAGCAGCCUGUGCUGGGCAGUACCCAGACCCUGAGGGGCAAGGGGAGCAGGGCAUUUCCCUGGAGAGUGCAGUGUCCCUAAGGAGUGCCCAGGACAA